AUGCUUGACAACUUGAAGACCCAAAAACUUCAAAUCGCCUUAGAAAAGAUUCCUAAACGAACUCUCAAAGAUGCAGCAGGCAGAAUUCUUGAAUCCAAUAAUAGACUUAAAGCAGCUCUUCGCAGACUUUUCAUCCAGUUGCAAAAGAAACCUAAAGAAGCAGUUGAUACUUGAAAAGACUAUAUUGACUCCUGCAAGAAGAACGCUUUAUUAGAUGCUCUUAAGGCAAAGAAAUUACAAGAAUGCUUAAACAAGAUCCCUCAAAGAACUCUCAGAGACGCAAAUAAUCGAAUUCUAGGCCAAGGAGACAAAGUUGCUGGAGCUCUCAGAAGACUUGAAAUUACAAUUAAAAAAUCAGCUAGAGGAGCUUUCAAUAAAUGGGCAAACUUCUGUAAGGAUUGCAAGGAUAAGAAAAUGCUUGACAACUUAAGGACUCAGCAAUUAAAGAAUACUUUAAGAAAUCUACCAAAACGAACACUUAAAGAUGCUGCAGACCGUGUCAAGGGCCAAGGUGAUAAAGUCAAGGGAGCUUUAAGAGGAGCUGUUGUAGCUCUUAAGAAAGUACCAAGAGAUGCAUUGCAAAAGUGGAAGGACUUCGUAGAUGAUUGCAAGAAAAAGAAAGCUACUGAUGCUUUAACUGCUAAGAAAUUACAAACUGCACUUGAAAAAGUACCGAUUAGAACUCUUAAUCCUUUAAUUAAUAGUAAAACAAAAUUUUCCCUUUAAAAUGUAAGUCUAAUAUAAUUUUUAAUUUUUUAAAUAUAAAUCUUAUAUUAUUGUUUCCUCCUUAUAUAAUUUUUAAUAUUUUCUGAGUAAUCAUUAGUAAGAAGAAAUAUUGAUUUUUUCAAUUAAAAUUAUUCAUUUUUAAUUUGAAAUUGUUUUUUAUUUUAAAGAGGUAUAAUUAAUUGGUGAUUAUAUGACCAUAUAAAAAUAUCAUUAUUAAUAGGCAGAUGAAGUUAGAGAUGCUCAUAACCGACUUAUUGGUGAAGGAGAUAAAAUAGCUGGAGCUAUUAGAAGACUUGAUAUUAAUCUCAAGAAAAAGCCAAAACAAGCAUUUGAUAAAUGGAAGAACUAUCUCAAAGCAGUUAAUGAUAAGAAAGUAACAGAUAACCUCAAAACUCAACAGCUUAAAGAUGCCCUUAAGAAUAUUCCUAAGCGGACUAUUAGAGAUGCAGUCCAAAGAAUUAAAGGUGAUGGCGAUAAAGUUAAAGGAGCUUUAAGAGCUGCAUUGCUAAUUUUGAAGAAAGCACCAAAGCAAGCAUUUGAUAAAUGGAAAGACUUCUGCAAUGGCACUAAACAAAAGGAUUCAUUGGAUACUCUUAAGGCUGAAAAACUUAAAAACGGACUAAGGAAGAUUCCUGCUCGAACAUUGAGAGACGCUUUGAACCGAAUGGUUCCUGACGCUAAGAACGAUCUUCAUGCAGAAAAACUUAGAAAAGCGCUUGAUAAGAUCCCAUUACGCACUUUGAGAUCAGCAUUUAAUCCUAUUAUUCUUGACAACUCUGAUAAGAUCAAGUCUGCCUUAAGAAACCUCGCCAUUUUAUACUAUCAAAGACCUAGAGACUGUUUGAAUAAAUGGAAACUUGGAUGUGAAAAGAAGAAGACUGCGGAUUCCAACAAGAAACUCAAAGGAGCUAUGCUUAAGAACGCUCUUGAAAAGCCAGUACGAAAGCAAGUAAGAUCAGGAAGAGACAGAUGCCAACCAAGCGAUAAGGUCAAGAAGACUCUGCAGAUUUUCGCACUAAGAGCUGAAAAGAUGCCUAAGGAUGCGAUUAACAAAUGGAAAGCUUUCUUGAAUAUUGUUAAAAACGACAACCUUUCAGAUGCAGUAAGAGCACAAAAACUAAGAUACGCCCUUGAAAGAAUACCUAUAAGGACUCUGAAAAAUAAUUAUGACUAUAUUCUUCAAAGACAUGGAACCAGAGCUUUAGGAAUUUUGAGACUACUAUUCAAGCACUACCAAGAAAUGCCUAGUGAAGCUAUGAAGAAGUGGAAAGACUUUGUAAACUCUUGCAAGCAAGGAGAUCUUCUUAAUGCAGUUAACGCUCAGAAACUGAAAAUCGCAUUAGAAAGAAUUCCAAUUAGAACCACCAGAGAUGCCUACCAAAGAGUCUUAGGAGAUGGAGACAAACUUGCAGGAAAUAUCAGAAGAAUCCUCAUUCAACUGCAAAAGAAACCAAGAGUAGCUUUCAAUAUCUGGAAACAAUACAUUCAAGACUGCAAAGCAAGAAACUUGUUCGAUAAUGUCAGAUCUCAGAAAUUAAAGAAUGCUUUAGAACGAAUUCCUAAGAGAACACUCAAAGACGUAACUCAAAGAAUCAUUGGAGGAGGUGACAAAGUCAAAGGAGCAAUCAAGAAUGUAAUGAAUGCAAUGAUCAGAAAACCAAGAGACGCUCUUCAGAAGUGGAAAGACUACAUUAAAGACUGCCAGACAAAGAAAGCUGUAAACGCUCUCAAAGCUAACAAACUCAAGACUUCUUUAGAGAAGGUUCUUCCAAGAACCCUUAGAGACGCUCAUAACCGAAUUAUUGGCCAAGGAAGCAAGAUAUUAGGAGCUCUUCGCAGAAUGGAAAUCCAACUCAAGAAUAAGCCACGAAACGCAUUCAAUAAAUGGAAGCUCUAUCUUCAAGCUUGUAAAGAAAAAGGACUUCUCGACAACGUAAGAACCCAAAAAUUAGCCAACAUUGCACUUGCAAUUCCUCGUAGAACUCUUAGAGAAGCUUAUCAAAGAGUUGUUGGAGAAGGAGACAAAGUCUUAGGAGCACUAAGAAGGCUCGAGAUUACAUUAAAGAGAUCCCCUAAGCAAGCAUUUGACAAAUGGGCUAAGUUUGCAAAGGAUUGCAAUUCUAAGAAUAUGCUUGAUAACUUGAGAACUCAAAAACUUAAAAGCGCUUUAGAAAAGAUCCCUACUCGAACCAUGAAAGAUGCAGCAGAUAAAAUCCUUGGAAAUGGCAAUAGACUUAAAGGAGCACUUCGCAGACUUUGGAUCCAAUUGCAAAGGAAGCCAAAAGAUGCAUUUGAGAAAUGGAAAGAUUUUGUGCACGACAGCAAAAAGAAUAACUUACUAGACGCUCUGAAAGCUAAGCAAUUGCAAGACUCUUUGCUUAAGAUCCCUCAAAGAACUAUUAGAGAUGCUUAUAAUAGAAUUACUGGCCAAGGUAACCAAGUCGCAGGAGCUCUAAGAAGACUUGAAAUCACACUUAAGAAAAAAGAAGGAGCUGCCUUUAAUAAGUGGAUCAAUUUCUGCAAAGACAUCGAUAAAAAGAAAAUGAUUGAUAAUUUGAGAACACAACAACUAAAGAAUGCAUUGAGAAAUAUUCCUAAGAGAACAAUGAAAGACGCUACUGAUCGUAUCAAAGGAGAAGGCGAUAAAGUCAAAGGAGCUAUAAGAACAGCCAUUUUGGCGCUUAAGAGAAAGCCUCGAGAUGCAUUGCAAAAAUGGAAGGACUUUGUAGAAGAUUGCAAGAAAAAGAAGACCUUAGAUGCAUUAAAUGCUAAGAAGCUGCAAACUGCCCUUGAAAAGCUACCUCAGAGAACCCUUAGAGAUGCUCAUAAUAGAAUUGUUGGAGAAGGUAACAAAGUUGCUGGAGCCCUCAGAAGACUUGAAAUUAAUUUAAAGAAAAAGCCAAAGCAAGCAUUUGAUAAGUGGAAAGACUAUCUCAGAGCUGUCAAAGAAAAGAAACUUAUGGACAACGUCAGAGUUCAACAACUUAGAGCAGCAAUGAAGAAUAUCCCUAGAAGAACCUUGAAAGAUGCAGCUGAAAGAGUUAAAGGAGAAGGCGACAAAGUUAAAGGAGUCUUAAGAGCAGCACUUUCAGCUAUUAAGAAAGCACCAAAGCAAGCAUUUGAUAAAUGGAAGGAUUGCAUUAGAGGAACUAAAGAUAAAGAAACACUGGUAGCUUUGAACGCUAAGAAAUUGCACACAGCCCUCGAAAAGAUUCCACAGCGAACUAUGCGCGAUGCUUAUAACCGCAUUACAAGCGAUAGCAAUAUCGUUAAAAGUGCUAUAAGAGGAAUUGUGAUUGCACUUAAUAAGAAAUCCAGAGAAGCUUUUGAUAUUUGGAAUAAGUUCAACAAAGACUGCAACAAGAAGAAUGUUAUGGAUCAGCUGAAAACCGAAAAAUUAAGAAAUGCUUUAGCUAAUAUUCCUAGACGAAUUCUGAAGGAUGCUCACAAUAGAAUUAUUGGACAAGGCAAAGUUGUAGCCGGAGCACUCAGAAGACUUCAGAUAGCAAUUAAUAAGAAGCCUAAGCAAGCCUUUGAUAAAUGGAAAGAUUUCGUGAAUGACACUAAGACAAAGAAAGUUUUGGACAACUUAAGAUCUGAGAAAUUACGAAAUACUUUAGCGAAAAUACCUUUGCGCACAACAAGAGAUGCCUUUGAAAGAGUCAUUGGAGGAGGAGACAAAGUUAAAGGUGCUCUAAGACGUCUAAUGCUUACUUUACAGAAGAAGACUAAAGCUGCUUUCGACAAGUGGAAUAAGUUCAACAGAGAUUGCACAGACAAGAAGCUUACUGAUAACACUCGCACAGAAAAACUUAGAAAUGCUUUAGCAAGAAUUCCAAUAAGAACUGUUAAAGAUGCUGCUGAUCGAAUUCUCGGAGGAAACAACAAAGUCGCUGGAGCCCUUAGAAGACUUGAAAUCUCAAUCACAAAGAAGCCUAAGCAAGCCUUCAAUAAAUGGAAAGACUUUAUUCAAGACGUCAAAGAACAGAAACUUGUUGACAAUGUCAGAGCUAAAAAUCUCAACGAUGUACUAAUUCGCCGAAAACUAAAUAUAAUAUUAUAAUCUGAUGAGAAAAUUGUUUUUAUUAUUAAAUAUAUUGGAUUAAUUAAUAAAUUGCUUUGAAAUUGUAGAAGAGAUGGGAUAAGAAGAAUCCCAUUGAGAACCUCAAAGGAUGCUUUCAACAGAAUCAUUGGCCAAGGAAACAACGUUGCAGGUGCUUUAAGAAGGUUUGAAAUUUCUCUACAAAAGAAGCCUAAGCAAGCAUUUGAUCUAUGGAAAGACUACGUUAAAGCAACUAAAGACAAGAAAAUAUUAGAUGCGUUGAAUGCUCGCAAAUUAAAUGAUGCUUUAGCCAAGAUUCCUGUUCGAACACUUACAUCAUUUAUGUCGAAAUAAAUUUGUAUUAAAAGAGCAUUUAUUUUUUUAAUUUUUAAUUUUUUAUUUAUUAUCAUAUAAUAUAAUAAAUUAAAUAAUUAAUUUUAAAUUAAAAUUUCUUAUGACUUUAGUAUUAAAGUGUUGAAUACAAUAAGAAUUCCAAUAAAAUUCCUUGAGAGGAGAAUUAGAAAUAGCUUCAACAGUAUUGUUGCUACCAAAGACAGGCUCAUUGGAGCACUCAAAGCCUUAGCACGAAGAGCUGAAAGAAUGCCUAAAGUUGCUUUUGAUAAGCUAGCCAAGAAUGCAAACAAAGCUAAAGCUGAUAAUUUGAAAGAAGAACUUAAAGGCCAGCAAUUGAAGAAUGUCCUGAGAAAGAUACCAGCUAGAACCUUAAGAGAUGCUUACGGAAAUAUUGUUCCUGAUACUAAGAAUGAUAAACUUCAAGGAGAAAAACUUAGAAAAGCACUUGAUAAGAUCCCAUUACGUACUUUGAGAUCUGCAUUUAAUCCUAUUAUUCUUGUUAAUGCUGAUAAGAUUAAGUCUGCCUUGAGAAAUCUUGCCGUUUUAUACUAUCAAAGACCUAGAGAUUGCUUAAAUAAAUGGAAACUUGGAUGUGAAAAGAAGAAGACUGCUGAUUCCAACAAGAAACUCAAAGGAGCUAUGCUUAAGAACGCUCUUGAAAAACCAGUCCGAAAACAAGUAAGAUCAGGAAGAGACAGAUGUCAGCCAAGCGAUAAGGUAAAGAAGACUCUACAAGUUUUUGCACUUCGAGUUGAAAAGAUGCCUAGAGACGCUAUUAGCAAAUGGAAAGCUUUCUUAAACCUUGAGAAGAACGACAACCUCUCAGAUGCAAUAAGAGCUGAAAAAUUAAAUCUCCCUGUGAUCAAGCCAAGCAUUGAAAAAAUCUCUUUUUUUAGCAAAAUUUUUAUAUAUUUUAAAAAUUUUUAAUAUAUAAGUAAUAAUAAUUAUUAUUAUAAAAUCUUUUAACCAGUUCUGAUUUACAUUCUAAAAGAUAAUUUAUAUAUAUUAAAUUACUUUAAUUUAAAUUUUGUGAAAUUUUUGCAUCGAAAAAAGAAUUUACUAUAACAUUGAUAAAUUAAAUUUUUCUCACAGAGAGUAAGAUAUGCACUUGGCAGAAUUCCUAUCAGAACACUGAAAAAUAAUUAUGACUAUAUUCUGCAAAGACAUGGAACCAGAGCUUUAGGAAUUUUGAGACUACUAUUCAAGCACUAUCAAGAAAUGCCUAGUGAAGCCAUGAAGAAAUGGAAAGACUUUGUAAACUCUUGCAAGCAAGGAGAUCUUCUUAAUGCAGUAAACGCUCAGAAACUGAAAAUCGCAUUAGAAAGAAUUCCUACUAGAACCACCAGAGAUGCCUACCAAAGAAUCUUACAUCCAUAUCUAAGGAUGAGCUAAAUUAUUUGGUUUGCUAAUAUUUUUAAUUAUUAGAAAUCUAAAAACUCUGCAAUGUAUUUCAUUAAAUUAAUCUUAGAAUUAUAAUUAAAGAAUAUAGUAAAAAUUAAUAUCAAGCUGUUAUUAAAAUGUAUGUUUCAAUAUAGCUAAUUCUUUAAUACUUUAAAAUUUGUACUUUCGAUAAUAUCUUUUUUUAUUAAAUGAGUUAGGAGAUGGAGACAAACUCGCAGGAAAUGUCAGAAGAAUCCUCAUUCAGCUUCAAAAGAAACCAAGAGUUGCCUUCAACAUCUGGAAGCAAUACAUUCAAGACUGCAAAGCAAGAAACUUGUUCGAUAAUGUCAGAUCUCAGAAAUUAAAGAACGCUUUAGAACGAAUUCCUAAGAGAACACUCAAAGACGCAACUCAAAGAAUCAUUGGAGGAGGUGAUAAAGUUAAAGGAGCAAUCAAGAAUGUAAUGAAUGCAAUGAUAAGGAAACCAAGAGACGCUCUUCAGAAGUGGAAAGACUACAUUAAAGAUUGUCAGACAAAGAAAGCUGUAAACGCUCUCAAAGCUAACAAACUUAAAAAUUGCUUAGAGAAGGUUCUUCCAAGAACCCUUAGAGACGCUCAUAACAGAAUUAUUGGUCAAGGAAGCAAGAUAUUAGGAGCUCUUCGCAGAAUGGAAAUCCAACUCAAGAAUAAGCCACGAAACGCAUUCAAUAAAUGGAAGCUCUAUCUUCAAGCUUGUAAAGAAAAAGGACUUCUCGACAACGUAAGAACCCAAAAAUUAGCCAACAUUGCACUUGCAAUUCCUCGUAGAACUCUUAUCCCAACUUAAAAAUAAAUUUAAAAUAUUAAUCUCAAUAAUCCAAUAUUUUUCUACACAUAAAAAUAAUGUGUAAAAUAUUUUAAAAAAUCUACAAUAAGAGUUAGAGAAGCUUAUCAAAGAGUUGUUGGAGAAGGAGACAAAGUCUUAGGAGCACUAAGAAGGCUCGAGAUUACAUUAAAGAGAUCCCCUAAGCAAGCAUUUGACAAAUGGGCUAAGUUUGCAAAGGAUUGCAAUUCUAACUUUAACAAAUACAAUAUUGACAAUUAUUUUAAAAUUUACAAUAAACAUGGGAUACUAUUUUUUUACUCCCUCCUUGGGCUUGCAAAGAAAAAUUUUGCUCUAUCAAGGAGGCUAGCGUUUUUAAAGGAAAUUUUAUAUUAAUUUUUGACGAAAUUUAAAUAAUUCGAACUUUAAAGUAAAAACUUAUUUAAUUUCUAAAAUUUAUGUUUUAGAAUGAAGUGUGUUUAAUUAGCAUAAUUAGCCUGGGGAUUUGAUUUAUUAUAAUUAUCAUUCAUACAUUAGAAUAUUUUUAUAUUUAAAGAAUUUAGCUCACAGAGAUUUUUUUCCAACUAAAUAGGGAUUUUUCCAAUGGCUUACCUGCAAACGAAGGGGAGUUAGAUAUUAAUGUAAGUUUGUAUUUCAAAUGGGUAAGAAUAUGCUUGAUAACUUGAGAACUCAAAAACUUAAAAGCGCUUUAGAGAAGAUCCCUACUCGAACCAUGAAAGAUGCAGCUGAUAAAAUCCUUGGAAAUGGCAAUAGACUUAAAGGAGCACUUCGCAGACUUUGGAUCCAAUUGCAAAGGAAACCAAAAGAUGCAUUUGAGAAAUGGAAAGAUUUUGUGUACGAUAGCAAGAAGAAUGGCUUAUUAGACGCUCUGAAAGCUAAGCAAUUGCAAGACUCUUUGCUUAAGAUCCCUCAGAGAACUCUUACAUCACCUCUAUGCUAUUAAUUUAAGCUAAAAAAAGAUAUAAUAAAAUCAUACUUAUAUAUAUUAUGCUCAGAUUUUAUUAAAUUUAUUAAUAAAAAUAUAUUAUACAAGUUAGAGAUUCUUACAAUAGAAUUAAUGGAGAAGGAAAUAAAUUAGCUGGAGUAUUCAGAAGACUUGAAAUAACUCUAAAGAAAUCACCAAAGGCUGCUUUCGAUAAGUGGGCUGACUUCUGCAAGGAUUGUGAGAAGAAGAAAAUGAUUGAUAAUCUAAGAACUCAGCAAUUAAAGAACGCAUUGAGAAAUAUCCCUAAAUCUCCGAUUUUAUUUUAUUUAAUUUUUUUGUUAAAUUGAGCAAUGAUAAAAUUAAAUAAAUUUUUUGUCAUUAAUAUUUAUAAUGUGCUAUUGAAAGAGUAAGAGAACAAUGAAAGAUGCUGCUGAUCGUGUCAAAGGAGAAGGUGAUAAAGUUAAAGGAGCUAUCAGAGGGGCAAUUAUGGCACUUAAGAAAAAACCUAGAGAUGCAAUGCAAAAGUGGAAGGACUUUGUAGAAGAUUGCAAGAAAAGAAAGACUUUAGAUGCAUUAAAUGCUAACCCUACUACUUAGUUAAAGAGAAAAAUCUUGUUUCUGUACAAUUUUUUUAAAAUCCCAGUCACAAGUAUUUAAACUUGUCUAAUUUAAUUUAUAAAAUCAACAUUUUAGGGUGCAAGCUCUUUCAAAUUUCAUAACAGUAGCUAGGACAUUGAUAUUAUAAUCAUUAUAUAUAUAUUAAAUUAUUAAAAUUUUUUUACUGCGAGCCAACUUAAAAUUAAAUUUUUAUAAUGAUUUUUACUCAUUUAUGGAGGUGAGAGUAAGAAACUACAAACUGCCCUCGAAAAACUACCUCAGAGAACUCUUAGAGAUGCUCAUAAUAGAAUUGUUGGAGAAGGUAACAAAGUUGCUGGAGCCCUCAGAAGACUUGAAAUUAACUUACUCACUCGUUUAGUUAGCAAGCAAAACGGUUAGAAAAAUUCCUAUAUUUGGGAAAUUACUAUUUAUAAUAUAAAACUUUCCAUAAAUAUUUGAUAAUAUUUAAAACGAUUCUCUAGCUAAUUUUAUUAUAUCAUUUUUUUUUGUGAAAAAAUUGGACCUUGCUCACUAAGCAAUGGAGUGAUUUAAAGAAAAAGCCAAAGCAAGCAUUUGAUAAGUGGAAAGACUAUCUCAGAGCUGUCAAAGAAAAGAAACUUAUGGACAACGUCAGAGUUCAACAACUUAGAGCAGCAAUGAAGAACAUCCCUAGAAGAACCUUGAAAGAUGCAGCUGAAAGAGUUAAAGGAGAAGGCGACAAAGUUAAAGGAGUCUUAAGAGCAGCACUUUCAGCUAUUAAGAAAGCGCCAAAGCAAGCAUUUGAUAAAUGGAAGGAUUAUAUUAGAGGAACUAAAGAUAAAGAAACACUGGUAUCUUUGAACGCUAAGAAAUUGCACACAGCCCUCGAAAAGAUUCCACAGCGAACUAUGCGCGAUGCUUAUAACCGCAUUACAAACGAUAGCAAUAUCGUUAAAAGUGCUAUAAGAGGAAUUGUGAUUGCACUUAAUAAGAAAUCCAGAGAAGCUUUUGAUAUUUGGAAUAAGUUCAACAAAGACUGCAACAAGAAGAAUGUUAUGGAUCAGCUGAAAACUGAAAAAUUAAGAAAUGCUUUACUCUCAUCUUUAUAUUUUUAUCUAUGAUAUAAUUUCCUAGUAUAGUUUAUUUUUGCUUUUAUAAGUGAAAUGAUUUUUAAAAUGGAAAAAAAAAUUAAUAUAUAUGUCAAAAUUUUUUUCACAUUUUAAAAUUAAUUAGCCGUAGAUAAUCAAAUAAAAAAUUUUGUUAAUCCAUUGUAAAGACCAGGACGGCAUUUAGCUAACCCUGGGCUACCAGCUUUCGCUUCUACUUGGGGAUAUGAUUCGAUGCAUAAGUUCAACCAACUCCACGAGUUGGCAAAUGGCAAAUAUAUAUUCAUUUUUUAACACUUGGGAGCCGAACACCACAUGUUGGAGUAAAAAUUUGGUAGCUCAGGGCCAGCUAAAUGCCGUCCUGGGCUAUAAAUUGACUUAUUAAAAUAAUUUAAAAUAUUUAUUGAAGUAGCGUUAGCUAAUAUUCCUAGACGAAUUCUGAAGGAUGCUCACAAUAGAAUUAUUGGACAAGGCAAAGUUGUAGCCGGAGCACUCAGAAGACUUCAGAUAGCAAUUAAUAAGAAGCCUACCUCUUCCCUUUUUAAAGUGGAACAAAGAUCUAGUAAACUUUUAUCAAUAAACAAACUAUAAAAAAUAUUUAUAAAAUUCAUCGAUUUAAAGAGGUAAUAUUAAAUUUUAAUUCAAAAUAAAACAAAUUGGUAACAUUAAAUUGGGUAUUAUUUAUAUAGAAAUUAUUAUUUUGUUUAAAUAGGAAUUGGUUUACUCAAAAAUGGAUUUUGUUCAAAUUUAAAAAGAGGUAGUAAGCAAGCCUUUGAUAAAUGGAAAGAUUUCGUGAAUGAUACUAAAACAAAGAAAGUUUUGGACAACUUAAGAUCUGACUUUCCGUCUAUGAAAUAGCUAAAAUGAGAAAUUUGUUAAAAUAAUAAUAAUCAAUUUUAAUAGAUACAAAGCUAUUGCGAUCUUUGAUUUUUAUUUAAUUAAUAAAACAAAAAAGCAUAAAAUUGUUAUAUCGAAUAAGGUUUGGAAUGAGAAAUUACGAAAUACUUUAGCGAAAAUACCUUUGCGCACAACAAGAGAUGCCUUUGAAAGAGUCAUUGGAGGAGGAGACAAAGUUAAAGGUGCUUUAAGACGUCUAAUGCUUACUUUACAGAAGAAGACUAAAGCUGCUUUCGACAAGUGGAAUAAGUUCAACAGAGAUUGCACAGACAAGAAGCUUACUGAUAACACCCGCACAGAAAAACUUAGAAAUGCUUUAGUGAGAAUUCCAAUAAGAACUGUUAAAGAUGCUGCUGAUCGAAUCCUCGGAGGAGACAAUAAAAUCGCUGGAGCCCUUAGAAGACUUGAAAUCUCAAUCACAAAGAAGCCUAAGCAAGCCUUCAAUAAAUGGAAAGACUUUGUUCAAGACGUCAAAGAACAGAAACUUGUUGACAAUGUCAGAGCUAAAAGUCUCAACGAUGUCCUUAGAAAGAUCCCAUUGAGAACUUCAAAGGAUGCUUUCAAUAGAAUUAUUGGCCAAGGAAACAACGUUGCAGGCGCUUUACGAAGACUUGAAAUUUCGCUCCAAAAGAAGCCUAAAUCACCUAUUUGUAACGUUUAUAAUAUUUUACUCAAUAUUGGAAGGGGCUGAAUUUAUAUAAUAUUUUUAAUUUAAUGAAUUAUACAUUUCAUGCUUUGUCUACAAUUGUAGUACUUUUGUUGUAAUCACAUUAAUUAAUUAUUAAUAAAAACAAAAAAUUAAAUAAAAUAAUUUUCCUUAAUGAUUUUGCCCAUUAAUCAAGGCUAAGGAGUAAGCAAGCAUUUGAUCUAUGGAAAGACUACGUUAAAGCAACUAAAGACAAGAAAGUAUUAGAUGCGUUGAAUGCUCGCAAAUUAAAUGAUGCUUUAGCCAAGAUUCCUGCUCGAACACUUACAUCAUUUAUGUUGGAAAUUUUUUUUUAGUGAUUUUUUAAAGCUUCAUUAAAUUGGAGAUAAAUUGCAUCACAAAUAUUCGAAGUUAAUUAUUUAAGAGGAGAAUUAGAAAUAGCUUCAACAGUAUUGUUGCUACUAAAGACAGAGUCAUUGGAGCACUCAAAGCCUUAGCCCGAAGAGCUGAAAGGAUGCCUAAGGUCGCUUUUGAUAAAUUAGCUAAGAAUGCAAAUAAAGCUAAGACUGAUACUUUGAAGGAGCAAGCUGAUAAUUUGAAAGAAGAGCUUAAAGGUCAGCAAUUGAAGAAUGUUCUAAGAAAGAUACCAGCCAGAACAUUAAGAGAAGCCUACGCAAAAAUUGUUCCUGAUACUAAGAAUGAUAAACUUCAAGGAGAAAAACUUAAUCCCAUUUCAUCAGAAAAAUAUUAUUAAUAAAAAAUAGGUUCAUAAAAUAAAGAUGAUUGAAAUUUAUACAAGAACUUAUUUUAUUUAAAAUUAUGAUAAUGAAAAAGUUAGAAAAGCUCUAGACAAGAUUCCUAUUCGCACUUUGAGAUCUGCAUUUAAUCCUAUUAUUCUCGUUAACGCUGACAAGAUCAAGUCUGCCUUGAGAAACCUCGCCGUUUUAUACUAUCAAAGACCUAGAGAUUGCUUACUCCCCACCUUUAAAAUUGGAAUAAAAAAAUUGCAUUUAUUUAGUACUUUCCCACAUACAUAAAAUGGCCGGAGACGAGCGACCCUUCCUUCCGUGGCGGGUGUCCUUAUGUAUACCGGACAUGGUUUUUGGAUGCGGAGAGCUACUCAAGGAAAGAGUUAGCCUCGAGGCGAGAGGCCCAGCCCAAUUUCCGCUGAUUUUGGGACUCGACCCGGGCAGCAGUUUUUCGCAUUCUUUUUGUCAGUAGCGCCAAGGCCCAGACUCGGUGUCCGAAAGAGGCAGGGUGAGUUACCUGCCUAGGCUACUUGGUGGCUUAGCCCCGAAUCCCGCAAGGGGUUGAGUUCUUUCUUGGAGAUGAUCCGGGAAAGAGGAAGGCGAAGCUAGACUUGGGGAUCUCAAGGGCACAAGUCUCUCCAGUUAAAAGGGUCCUCUUACGAGGGCGAUCUGGCCAACCGGAGGCAAAGACUGGCGUAAUUCGGGGCGGAAGGCUGAGUUGGAAAUGGUGGUGCUCAGCGACAGUCGGCUGACGACUCAAUAGGGCAACCACUACCGAGAAACCAGGGUUUCGGCCUGGGCUCAGAGAACCAGUGAUGGAAGUCCAUCCUUUUCGCUCGUGCCAGCACGGCUCCUCAAGUUGCGCGGAGGAAUGCCACGCAUGGAAGUAGGGACUAUAAAUGCACAUCUUAAACCUAAACCUAACCUAACCUAACCUUACCUUUAUUCAGUACGUUCCCAUUUAAAUCGGAACAACUUUUUUUUUCAAUUGGAAAAUUUUAUCGAUCAAAAUACUAAUUUUAUAAAAUUAGUUUUGACCUAAUUUAAUAGAAAAAAUCCCAGCAAAAUAUUAUUAAACAGUUUAUACAUUGGUCAAUUAAGCUCUAUUUAAUUUUUCAUAAAAAAUAAAUUAAAAUUCGGGUAUAGUGCUAAAUUAAUAUUUUUCAAAAGAUUUAAAAGGAAAAUAUUAAUUUUUAUAAAAUUAUCACCUAAUGUAAUAAAAAAAGUGAAUUAGACUUUCUUUUCAACGUUUUUCGCCUUGAAUCGAUUAAUUUUUUUAUUUAAUUUUUUUAUAAAAAUAAAUUAAAAUUCUUUUAAAAUUUAGAAAAAUUUAAGUAUAUAUUUUUUGUAAAUAAAAUUAACCCCUUAAUUUGAACAGGACUUUUGUUCCAAUUUGAAGGGAUGAUGAGUUAAAUAAAUGGAAACUUGGAUGUGAAAAGAAGAAGACUGCUGAUUCCAACAAGAAACUCAAAGGAGCCAUGCUUAAGAACGCUCUUGAAAAACCAGUCCGAAAACAAGUAAGAUCAGGAAGAGACAGAUGCCAGCCAAGCGAUAAGGUAAAGAAGACUCUACAAGUUUUUGCACUUCGAGUUGAAAAGAUGCCUAGAGACGCUAUUAGCAAAUGGAAAGCUUUCUUAAACCUUGAGAAGAACGACAACCUCUCAGAUGCAGUAAGAGCCCAAAAACUAAGAUAUGCACUUGACAGAAUACCGAUUAGGACUCUGAAAAAUAAUUAUGACUUUAUUUUGCAAAGACAUGGAACCAGAGCUUUAGGAAUAUUGAGAUUGCUGUUCAAACAUUAUCAAGAAAUGCCUAGUGAAGCCAUGAAGAAAUGGAAAGACUUUGUUAACAAUUGCAAGCAAGGAGACCUACUUAACGCUGUAAACGCUCAGAAACUGAAAAUCGCAUUAGAAAGAAUUCCUGCAAGGACCAUCAAAGAUGCGCAUCAAAGAAUCUUAGGAGAUGGAGACAAAUUCGCAGGAAAUGUUAGAAGAAUCCUUAUUCAGCUUCAAAAGAAACCAAGAAUUGCCUUCAACAUCUGGAAACAAUACAUUCAAGAUUGUAAGACAAGAAACUUAUUCGACAAUGUCAGAUCCCAGAAAUUAAAGAAUGCUUUAGGAAGGAUACCGAAGAGAACAAUCAAUUCAAUUAGAUUUAUCACGUUCAAGGUCCACUACCAGGUCAGGUGUCAGAUAGAAGCAACCACUCAUCCCUCACUUUCAGAUAAAUUCAUCAGGAAAUAGCUUCAUAAUUAAAAUAUGCAAGAGAAAAAUAUCGGUUUGGAGACCGGAAAAUUUAAAAUGUGCCAUAUUUUAAAUUAUCCGAAGAGAACAAUCAAAGAUGCAACUCAAAGAAUCAUCGGAGGAGGUGAUAAAGUCAAAGGAGCAAUCAAGAAUGUAAUGAAUGCAAUGAUAAGGAAACCAAGAGACGCUCUUCAGAAGUGGAAAGACUACAUUAAAGACUGUCAGACAAAGAAAGCUGUAAAUGCUCUCAAAGCAAACAAACUCAAGACUUCCUUACUCCCCCUCUCUGUCAGCAAACAAAACCAUUAAAAAUUCUCCAUUUUUGCCUAAAAAUCCACUGUGAUCGAACAAGGAAUUUCGGAAAACAAAAUAUUUUGAUAAUUAUUAUAAUGAAAUUUCUAACUAAUUCUGUUGAAUUCUAAACAGCUUGCAUUUUUAAAACAUAAAGUAUAAUUUAAAUUAAUAUUUGUUUUAAAUUAUUUUGAAUUUUUUUUAAAUUUUGAAAACAAAAAUCCUCUUAAACGAACAAAAUUUUUUGUUUGCUCAAAGGGGAGGGGAGCUAGAAAAAGUUAUACCAAGAACUCUAACCUCCUAUUUUAUAAAAAUUAUCUAUAGAUUAUUUUUUAAAACCUUUUCAGGUCUAUUUUAACACAAGUAAUAUUCCAUAUGCUUUUUUAAUUUUCUCUUAAAAUAUCAAGAAAAUUUAUAAUAAUUUAUAUAAAUUUGCUUGAAAUGCUAUUUUUUUUGUUUUUUCUAUUUAUUAUUAAAAAUAGCACUAACAUAUUUAUCUUGGAGAAGUAAGAGAUGCUCAUAACCGAAUUGUUGGCCAAGGAAGCAAAAUAUUAGGAGCUCUUCGCAGAAUGGAAAUUCAGCUCAAGAAUAAGCCACGAAAUGCAUUCAAUAAAUGGAAACUCUAUCUUCAAGCUUGUAAAGAAAAAGGACUGCUCGAUAAUGUAAGAAGCCAAAAAUUAGCCAACAUUGCACUUGCCAUUCCUCGACGAACUUUAAGAGACACUUACCAAAGAAUAGUUGGUGAAGGUGACAAAGUUUUAGGUGCCCUAAAGAAACUUGAAGUGGCCUUAAAGAGAUCCCCUAAGCAAGCCUUUGACAAAUGGGCUAAGUUCGCUAAAGACUGUGGUACAAAGAACAUGCUCGACAACCUAAGAACUCAAAAACUUCAAAACGCCUUAGAAAAGAUUCCUAAACGAACCAUAAAGGAUGCAGCUGACAGAAUCCUUGGAGCUGGCAACAAAGUUAGAGGCGCACUUCGCAGACUUUUCAUUCAGCUUCAAAAGAAGCCUAAAGACGCCUUUGAGAAAUGGAAAGACUUCGUCAACGAUUGUAAGAAGAAUGGCUUGCUUGACGCUCUCAAAGCUAAAAAACUGCAAGAUUUAGUCCUUAAAAUCCCACAGAGAACUAUCAGAGACGCCUACACCCGGGUUGUAGGCCAAGGGAACCAAAUAGCAGGAAUAUUCAGAAGGCUUGAAAUUACAUUAAAGAAAUCCGCAAAAGGAGCCUUCAGCAAAUGGGCAAACUUCUGCAAGGACUGCAACACCAAGAAAAUGCUUGACAACGUACGAACUCAGCAGCUUAAGAACCUUCUGCAAAGCAUCCCACGAAGAACCUUAAAAGACGCCACAGACCGCAUCAAAGGAGAAGGCGACAAAGUCAAAGGAGCCAUGCGCAGCAUCAUUAACAGUCUCAAACGAAAGCCUAAAGACGCCUUUGAAAAAUGGAAAGCUUACCUAAGUGAUAUCAAGACUAAAAACGUUUUGGACGCCCUAAACGCUAAGAAGUUACAAGCGGCCCUUGGCAAAGUCCCUCAAAGAACUCUUAGAGACUCCCUCAGCCGUCUCAUAGGAGAAGGCAGCAAAUUGGCAGGCGCCAUCAGAAGACUUGACAUCAACCUCAAGAAGAAGCCCAAAGAAGCCUUCGAAAAGUGGAAGAAAUACGUCAGAGACUGCAACGAAAAGAAAAUCAUGGACAAUCUCAAGACUGAGAAGCUUAAACAUGCAGUAGAGAGAAUUCCUCGAAGAACCCUAAAAGAUGCAAUAGGAAGAGUUAUAGGAGAAAGCGACAAACUGAAAGGGGCUCUAAGGACUAUUCUUUCUGCAUUGAAGAGAUCACCUAAACAAGCUUAUGACAAGUGGAAAGACUUUGUUAAUGAUUGCAAGAAUAAAAAUUCAUUAGAUGCAUUGAACGCCAAGAAGCUGCAGACUACACUUGAAAAACUGCCUCAGAGGACCAUGAGAGAUGCAUAUUCUCGCAUUUUGGGUGACAAUAACAUUGUAAAAGGUGCUAUAAGAAGGAUCAUGAUUUCGCUUAACAAGAAGACUAAAGAAGCCUUUGACCUAUGGGAACAGUUCAAUAAACAAGCCAAGAAAAAGACCAUCUUAGACCAGCUGAGGACUGAAAAACUAAGAAAUGCUUUAUCCAAUAUUCCAAGACGUGUCAUUAAGGACGCUCACAACCGCAUUAUUGGACAAGGCAAAGCUGUAGCUGGAGCCCUCCGAAGACUUCAAAUAGCUAUUAACAAGAAGCCGAAACAAGCUUUCGAUAAAUGGAAAGACUUUAUCCAUGACAUUGAGACCAAGAAAGUCCUUGAUAAUUUAAGGUCAGAAAAACUGAGAUCAACACUCGCAAAAUUACCAUUAAGAACUGUCAAAGAUACUGUAGAAAGGAUCAUUGGAGGAGGCGACAAAGUAAAAGGAGCUUUAAGAAGGAUUAUGCUGGCACUACAAAAGAAGACUAAGACUGCCUUCGAUAAAUGGAGAAUCUUCACCAAAGACUGCAAUGAAAAGAAAUGGACUGACAAUGCAAGGACUGAAAAAUUAAGAAAUGCAUUAGCCAAGAUCCCUGCAAGGAUCGUCAAAGAUGCAGCUGAUAGGAUUAUUGGAGGAAACAAUAAGGUCGCUGGAGCACUUAGAAGGCUUGAAAUUGCAAUUACAAAGAAGCCGAAGGCUGCUUUCGAUAAGUGGAAGAACUAUUUGCAAGCUUGCAGAGAAAAGAAAUUAAUGGACAAUGUCAAAGCGACUAGUCUUGAAAACACGCUUAAGAAGAUUCCUUUGAGGACCGCUAAAGAUGCACUUAAUAGAGUUUUGGGACAAGGAAACACCGUAGCAGGAGCACUCAGAAGACUUGAAAUUUCUUUACAAAAGAAGCCUAAGCACGCGUUUGACUUGUGGAAGAACUUUAACCAAGCUGUCAAAGAUAAGAAAGUACUAGACUCUCUGAAUGCCACCAAGCUUAAAGACUGCUUAUCUAAGAUCCCAGUCCGCACAUUGAGAAACAGCUUUAAUAGCAUUGCAACAACUAAAGACAGACUGAUAUCUGCCCUUAAAGCUUUAGCCAGAAGAGCUGACAGGAUGCCUAAACUUGCCUUCGAUAAGCUAGCUAAAAAUGCUCACCAAGGUAAAGCUGAUGACUUGAAAGGAGAACUCAAAGGUCAACAAUUAAAGAACGUCCUCAGAAAAAUCCCAGCCAGAACCUUAAGAAAUGCUUACCAAAAUCUAUGUCCAGGCCUCAGUGCUGAGCUUAGAGGUGAAAAACUCAGAGCAGCCCUCAAUAAGAUCCCAGCCCGCACUUUGAGAUCUGCGUUUAACCCUAUUGUUCUUGACAACUCUGAAAAGGUUAAAUCAGUCUUUAGGAACCUUGCCAUUAUGUAUGACCAAAAACCUAGAGAUGCCCUAAACAGAUGGAAACUAGCUUGCCAAAAGAAAAAGGUGGCGGAUUCUGAUAAGAAGCUCAAAGGAGUCAUGCUGAAGAGCGCUCUUGAUAAGCCAGUUAGAAAAGCUGUAAGAUCUGGCAGAGACAAAUGUCAAAUCAGUGAAAAGACCAAAGCAGCGCUUAAAGCUUUAUCUUAUAGGUGUGAAAAACUCCCACAAGACAGCAUAAGAAAAUGGGCUGAAAAUGUUUUAGGCAAAAAAGCAGCUGCUAUCCAGGAGCGCAUGAGGUCUGAAAAACUGAGAUCAGCACUAUUUAGGAUCUCACAAAGGGUCCUUAAAGAGUCUGAGUCUAGGAUUGUAGCUAAAACAAGCCGCGUCAAGUUUAUUCUGGUAAGUCUUGCUUUAAGAGCACAAAGACGCUCAAGAGAAGCCUUCGACAAAUUAAGAAGCAACGUCCACAACUCAAUUAAAAACCAAAUUGCUACCAAACUGGACGGUGAAAAACUUCGCCAGACCUUAGACGCCAUCCCAAGACGAAUCCUCAAGAACUGCUUAUUAAGAAUCGUAGGGGGAGGUUCUCUCGUAGCAGGUGCCUUAGCUAGAUUUAACGAACACCUCAACAAGAUCAAGCGUUUCGCAGUCUUUAAAUGGAGAGUGGUAAACGAUGCUGAAAAGCAUGUGAACAGGUAUAGACUUGUAGCUUCCUUAUUCGCCAAACUGCAGCAAGGAUCCAGAUUUAACCUCCGCAUGGCCUUCAAGAUGUGGACUAAUGAUAAAAUGCAAAGAAUAAUCCAAAGCUUAAGGAAAAUCAACUUAAUCGCAGAAGACGGCGCUAGAAGAGCUAUAGGACACUGGUUUGCCCAGUCUAUGAAAAUCAAAGGAGCCCUUCUUGCUAAAUAUGCCCCUGCUCUACAAAACUUGUUCAAGCUUAGAGAAAAAUGCCUUUCCCGCAACAUAAAUAAUGGCUUUAGGACUUGGCUGAAUGCAAUAGACAGGAACAAGAUCAAGAGAAGAACUAUUUCUAAGGUUAUGAGAAACCUUGUAGGGCUGCAAAAAGGAGGCAUUGAGACACUCAGAGAAAGAGUCUUGAAGCUGAAAAUGAUCAAGAAAGUAAACGGAGCCUACUUGAUAUCAAGAAUUAUGGAAGCCAAGGCGAAAAUCAUGAUGAGAGGAAGACUUAGCAUAUGGUCACAAGAUGAAAAGAUGAGGAUUUUGAGGUUGAAGAAGAAAUAUCUUCUAAGCAUGAUCAAUUUAUCUAGCAUUUCUUACCAAACAUCGGUGUGGAGAUGGAAGUACGUGAUUACCAGACAUGGAGUUGAGCUGCAUCCUAAGCAAACCCUCAUGUGGGAACGUAUAAUAAGAGUUGGAAACCAAUACCAAAGACGUCUCAAGCAGUUCGCUAUGUUUAAGCUUAUUUUGACUUAUAGAACUGCUCUGCCGAUACAUAACCGCCAAUCAGUGCAGCUUGCAGUCAGCUCUUUGUUGCGCGCUAGCAAUAUGUCUCGAGAUGGAAGAAUGAGCGCUGCAAUGCCAAACUUGCGUGAAGGCAUCAACUUUAGGACCCCAUCCCCAGAAAGACCUACAACUGCCAUGGAUACUUCUAUAUCAAUCCCUAUAACAACGACAGCUUCACAAGGAAGAAGCAGCAUGGAAGAGCCAAUGUCAGGGAAAAUGUCCAAAGAAGAAAUCGCUGAGCUCAGCAAGAAUGGAGCAACUGAAGUCAUCUGUCUGCAGCUCAGAGAAGUUAGGGUAAGACAGCUUGCAAUUGGAUUUUCUUCAAUCGCUUCUUAUAGCAGACAAGUUGGACUGUUUGAAGAUGAAAGGACAAGACUUAUAGAGUCAAUAAAUGAGCUGAGAUAUGAUAAGCAUAGCUUGCUUGAAGAUAAUACAGCACUGAGACACCACAAUGAAGCUUUAAUAGAAAGUUUAGAAGCCACAAAUAUGAAUUUCCACGCCCUUACGCUACAGCUGGAUCAGAUGAGGCUUGGAAGAAUGGUGAGAGUUAUAUCAAAGAUGAUUGAGAUACCAGUGCUUGAAGCUUUAAUUGUGUUGAGACACAACGCUGGAAUCUUAAGUCCUUAA